CUUGUUCCUCCAAUAGUUCAUUAAAAAUACAACCUACCAUGUAUGGUUUUUCUUGACAAACAGUUUCAGAUUUAUUCAUAGCUUCAUCUACCUGAAUUUCUGGAGUAUGUACCAUAUUAACACUUGAUGCUUUAAUAUGACUUUCUUGAUAAAUAGGCAUUACUUCAUUACUUAAAUUCUUACAACUAUUUUCUUGCACAUGAAUUUGACUGAUUAAUUCUGGCUUUCUUAUUUCUUACCUGUUUGAAGUUUCAGAUUCAAAAUUUAUUCUAUUCAUGUCUACGGCUAUAUCAAAAUUUGACGUUUCCUUAACUGGGAGAGCAGGGCUGUCGUUUCGUCGUCCCAUUAUUAGUUUAAAGGAACAUUCUGUCUUGGACGAUUUGCAUUCAUCUGAUUUGAAGUUUGAGCAGGCAUAUAACCUGGCGGUGGAGUUUUACAAAACAGGGGGAGGCACUUUCAACAAAAGCCUGGAUGAUGAAGGGGAGAGAUUUGUGGCAUUGAUGGAGCCACAAUUCUUUCCCAUGAAAAACUAUGGUGAUAGUGACGAUGGUUAUCACCAAAAAGAAAUCGAGAUUAUUAGCAUGGAUGCUCAGGCAGCUACUAGUACAGAUGAGGUUCAAGAUACUGAAGCGUCAGUAGAGGUGAUUGAUAUUAGCGAGGAGGAAAUUAUAAUUCAGCCUUCCAUUACAGUGGAAAACAAUAAUCUUAAACGAAAAACUCAAAGUGGAGGUUUAGGAACAAAUCAAAAGAAAAAAUGUACGAAGAUUUGAAGGACUACACGAGAGGGAAAGUUGACAUAAACGAACUCAAAAUUGAAAUGAUGAGGGAAAAACACGAGUUGGAACUACAGAUUUACAAAAAAAACUUUAGAAUUAAAAGAAAUAGAGGUUAAAAUAAAACAAAAAGAGUAUGAAAGAAUGUAAAUUAUGUUAAUUGAAUGGAUGGUUUGUGAAAUAGCUUAAUAUCUUUAGUUAUGGUAAGUUAUAUCAUUUUUUGUGUUUCUUGUAAGUAUUAUUAAUGUUUUGGUUCUCAACAAAAUGUAUUCAAUGAAAACGAUAAAAUAAUUAUAUAGCUAUUAUUAUUAAAAUAAAUACAAAUAUAAAGAAUCUAAAAGGCUA